AUGGUGCAGAGAAGGGAGCGUCUCAGGAUGGCGCUGAUUGGGAAGACUGGCAGCGGGAAGAGCGCCACUGCAAACACCAUUUUGGGGGAAGAAUGCUUUCAUUCUAAAGCCAGCAUGAUGUCAGUGACCAAGCUUUGCAAAAAAGAGGAAAGAGAGAUUCAUGGCCAGCCUGUUGCUGUGGUCGACACCCCCGGCUUGUUUGACACAACUCUGUCCAAUGAUGAAGUUCAACAGGAGCUUGUGAAAUGUGUCAGCAUGUUGGCUCCAGGGCCUCAUGUCUUCUUACUGGUGCUGCAGAUCGGUCGCUUUACAGAGGAGGAAAAAGAGACCGUGGAGCUGAUCAAGAAGUUUUUUGGCAAGAAGUCACAAGACUUCAUCAUCAUCAUAUUCACCAGAGGAGAUGAUCUUAAAAACCAAACAAUUGAGAGUUACAUAGAAGAAGACAGUCAAGACUUCCUCAAAAAACUGACGACUGAAUGUGGAGGAAGAUACCAGGUCUUCAAUAACAAUGAUCAAAAGAAUCGUGCUCAAGUCCAGCAGCUGCUGACCAAGGUGGAGUCAAUGGUGAGGAAAAAUGGUGGUGGCUACUAUACCUCAGAGAUGUUCCAAGAAGCUGAGGCAGCCAUACAAAAGGAAGUGAAAAGGAUACUGAAAGACAAAGAAGAAGAGAUGCAGAGACAGAAGAGGGACCUCGAAAGAAAACAUGAAGAAGAAAUGCAAGUGAAGAAAAAUAAAUUGGCAGAGCUAAUACCCAAAUUUGAACAAGAAAUAGCAAUGGGAGCCAAACUAGUCAAAGACAAGGAGGAACACAUCAGGAAGGAGCAGGAGAAGAGGAAGAGGGAAAGAGCAAAGAGGGAAGAAGAGGAAAGGAACAUGAAAAGGCACGAGGAAUUCAAACGACACGAGUGGGAACAAAAAGUUGAAACUCUGGAGAAAAAACUAAAAUGCGGAUCCAAAACAAAUGAAGUAACAGGCAGAAUGUUUUUAAUACGGAGUAGAGAGGAGAUGAGAAAAGAACGAGAGGCCUGGGAGCAGGAAAGAAGGGAAUGGUGGGAGAAACGUUAUCGAGAAGAAGAACAAAGACGAGAGGAAGAGCAAACACGACUUAGAAAGCUCAGAGAAGAAUACGAGCAGGAAAUAGAAAAACAUGAAAACAGAAGAAAAGAAGAAGAACGAAUGAGAAGAGAACUAGAAGCAAGAGAAUGGAAAGAAGUACAAGAAAAUCUUAUGAAGAAACUGGAGGAAAUGAGGAGGAAGAACGAAGAGGAGGCCAGAAGGCAAGCUGAAGAAUGCAAUGAAUUCAAACACAGAUAUACCAAGGAUGCAUCAGCUGAGAUAGAAAGGUAUGGAAAAGAAAUGAAGGCCAUGAAGGAGAAGCAACAACAACAAGAUGCCUUCAUGAUAAGACAGCUGAGCAGAAACAAAGCGUAUCAGGUAGACUUUGAUAAAUUAAAGAAUAGACAAGAACAAGACAUCAAUGAGCUGAAAUCAGCACUUUGUUUCCAUGACAAAGAAAACCUGGAGAGAGAAAUCAAUCAGCUAAAGAAAAUACACGAGGAGGAAAUACAACACUGGAUACAGGAACAUGUGAAAAAAGCAACAGAAGAAAAGGCGUGUAACAUUUCAUCUGCACUCAGGAUUGUGAUGUUUGGGAAGAGUGAGAAAGAAAAGACAACACUAAGCAACUUCAUCAUAGGGAAGAUGGACUUUUCUUAUCUGAAUACUUCCAGGAAAUCUAUCGCCCAUGGCGAGUGGAGGAAAAUGCCCGUAACAGUAGUGAAAACAGCAGACGUCUUCAAUCUGCCUGUGGCUAGAGUGAGACAUGAGAUCAGGAAGUGUGUUGCUCUUUGCCCCCCAGGACCAAAUGUUCUCCUGCUGUUAGUGAGGCCUUCUGAUUUCACUGAGGAGGACAGAAACACACUGAAUGUAAUCCUGAGUUUGUUUGGUCAAGAUGCUUUUAAAUACUCAAUGGUCAUCACACCACAAAAUGACAGGAGAUUCAAUUUUUCGGUGAACAAACUCAUCCAAGAGUGCAGUCGAAGGCAGCACAGCAUCAGUUUUGAUAAAAAAGAUUUUAUUGGCUGUGAUCCUCGAGAACUGAUGGACAAAAUGGAGAAGAUAGUGAGUGACAACAGGGGAGGACAUCUAAACUGUACUGAAGUGGCUGAACUCAUGUGCAAUGUGACAGAGGCACCUGCAUGUGCAAAACCAGAACCCAAACCUCCUCUGAACCUGGUACUGUGUGGGAGUUUUGGAGCUGGAAAGACGUCAGCAGUGGACGCCAUUCUAGGAGAGAGAAAGUUUGGUCCACCGGCCAACUCAGGGUGUGUUAAACAUCAGGGAGAGGCGUGCGGACGUCAGGUUUCCCUGGUGGAGCUGCCUGCCUUGUAUGGAAAACGUCAGGAGGCAGUGAUGGAAGAAUCAGAUGUCCAGGAGCUCAUUCAGAGCUUUGGAGGAAGAUAUGUUGUCUUCGAUGUCAGAGACAAGCAUCAGGUCUCUGAGGUGUUGGAUACUGCGGAAAAGAUAAGAGCUGUGGGGUCCAGGAGCUUCACAAAGGACAUGAUGGUCAGGCGUCGGCUGAAUAACGUUGCAAGACAUGUGUCCAAACUGGAGAUGGCAGGUUACAAAAAAACAAGACCAGACCGUCUCAGGAUGGUGCUGAUUGGGAAGACUGGUGGCGGGAAGAGCGCCACUGCAAACACCAUUUUGGGCAAAGAAUGCUUUUAUUCUAAAGCAUGCCUAAAGUCAGUGACCAAGCUUUGCAAAAAAGAAGAAGGAGAGAUUGAUGGCCAGCCUGUUGCUGUGGUCGACACCCCCGGCUUGUUUGACACAACUUUGUCCAAUGAUGAAGUUCAACAGGAGCUUGUGAAAUGUGUCAGCAUGUUGGCUCCAGGGCCUCAUGUCUUCUUACUGGUGCUGCAGAUCGGUCGCUUUACAAAAGACGAAAAAGAGACCGUGGAGCUGAUCAAGAAGUUUUUUGGCAAGAAGUCACAAGACUUCAUCAUCAUCAUAUUCACCAGAGGAGAUGAUCUUAAAAAUCAAACAAUUGAGAGUUACAUAGAAGAAGACAGUGAAGACUUCGUCAAAAAACUGACAACUGAAUGUGGAGGAAGAUAUCAGGUCUUCAAUAACAAUGAUCAAAAGAAUCGUGCUCAAGUCAAGCAGCUGCUGACCAAGGUGGAGUCACUGGUGAGGAAAAAUGGUGGUGGCUACUAUACCUCAGAGAUGUUCCAAGAAGCUGAGGCAGCCAUACAAAAGGAAGUGAAAAGGAUACUGAGAGAGAAGGAAGAGGAAAUACAGAGAUUAAAGAGGAACCUCGAAAGAAAACAUGAAGAAGAAAUGCAAACGAAGAAGAAGAAAAUUGAACAAGAAAGAGCAGAGAGAGACAAAGCACUCAAGCAAAAGGAGGAACGCAUUAAUAAAGAGCAAGAGAGGAAGAAAAGAGAAGAGGAAAAAAGAGCAGAGGAGCAAAGGGAGAAGAAAAAGCAACAACAAAUUAAGCGACAACAGUGGGAACAAAAAAGUUUAUCUGUAGAGGAAAAAAUUAAAUCUGAAUCAGAAAACAAGACAACUGCAGACAGGAAGUUACUGCAGAACAGAGACGAAAUACGAAAGGAACAAGAGGCUUGGGAAAAGGAACGAAAAGAAUGGUGGGAGAAACGAUAUCAAGAAGCUCAAUGGAGAAAAGAGUAUGAGCAAACACGACUGAACAAGCUAAAAGAAGAAUAUGAGCACGAAAGAAGGGAAUACGAACACAGAAGAAGAGAAGAAGACCGACUCAGAAGAGAACAGGAGGAAAAAGAAUGGAAAGUAUUACACGACAACUUUCAGACGAAAGUAGAGGAAAUGAAGAGGAAACAUGAAGAAGAGGCACGAAAGCAGGCGGAAGACCUCAAUGAAUUCAAAAACAAAUACACGGCAGACUUUGCAGCUCUGUUGGAGAAGCGCAACAAGGAAAUGGACGAUAUGAAGCAAAAGCAACAACAAAACAAGGAUUUCAUGAUACAACAGCUGAUCAGGAACAAAACAUAUCAGAAAGACUUUGACAGAUUGAAGAAAAAACAAGAGCAAGAAAUUAAUACCUUGAGUUUUAAACUUCCAACCCAAUACAAGGAAAUCGAUAACCUAAAGAAAGUGCAUGAGGAAGAAAUAAAUGACUGGAUACAGGAACAUGUGAAGAAAGCCACAGAAGACAAGGCCUGCAGCAUCUUAUGAGAUGUUUUCUGACAACAGCAGCAAAGUUUUAGAUGUAAGACUGUGGAAGCUCUUUGUUUUACAUUGAAGGGCCUAUUAAUCAUUUACACACUUACUAAGCAUAUUACCAUACUCACCAUGUUUUUUGAGGCCUCCUAUUUCAUUAUGAAAAUUGCAUAUGAAAGAGUGUGAACUGUCUAAUAUUUGAGGACUAAACAAUUACAUCUUCACAAGAUAUUCUUUUUGAAUGGAGAGUGAAUCGGUGUCGCUUUAUGGGUUGUUUGUAGCAUCAAUGUUGCUAGGCUAGUGAGUGUCUUCUAGUCCAUUUAUGGUGUUAUCUUUUCAAGUCAUUCAACCCUAAAAGUGUUUUAGCUCAUAACUUUAUCACUAAACUAUAAACUAUAUUCAUUAUCACUCCUUAUUACAUUAUGAAAGUAAUGAAUACUUACUUGUGUUGUGUAUGUGAAGACUUGGCUUUCAUAGGUAACUUUUUUUAUUUGAAGACUUAA